CCGCCUCUCAACGCUUAUUGGUUCUAACUGGAGAACGGCCAAGGCCGACCCCAAAUGGAAAGUUUCUACUGGCUCAACCGGAGAAUAAAUCACACUCCCACGCGGCGAUUGGCUGCCCUCUGUCAGCGCCGCCCACUUUUUCCCUCACGAGGAGCUCGGCCGCGGCGACGCGCUUGCAGCAGCCGGACCCGAGUCGUUUAGUUCUACCCCCGGCGCGGUGCGGCGGCGGCCGCGACCUCCCCACGGACGGGCGUCAACAUGAAAUUCGUCCGCUGCAUCAUGAAGAACGCCGCGCUGGCGAGCGUGCCCAAGCACAUCGAGCACUUCUCCAAAUUCUCGCCCUCGCCGCUCUCCAUGAAGCAGUUCCUGGACUUCGGCUCCAUCAACGCCUGCGAGAAGACGUCAUUCGCCUUUUUGAGGCAGGAGCUGCCGGUGCGGCUGUCCAACAUCAUGAAGGAGAUCAACCUGCUGCCCGACCGGCUGCUCACGACGCCCUCGGUGCAGACCGUGCAGGGCUGGUACAUCCAAAGUUUGAUGGAGAUCCUCGACUUCCUCCACGAGAACCCGGACGAUCACAAAGUCCUCGAGGAGUUUGUGGACUCCCUGGUGACGAUCCGGAACCGCCACAACGACGUGGUGCCCACCAUGGCCCGGGGCGUCAUGGAGUACAAGGAGGUCUUCCCGCAGGACGCCAUCACCGACCAGAAUAUCCAGUACUUCCUGGACCGCUUCUACAUGAGCCGCAUCUCCAUCCGCAUGCUCAUCAACCAGCACACGCUCAUUUUCGACGGAACCACCAACCCGGUGCACCCCAACACCAUCGGCAGCAUCGACCCGCACUGCCGCGUGGGCGACGUGGUUCAGGACGCCUUCCACAGCGCCAAGAUGCUGUGCGAGCAGUACUACAUGCGCUCGCCUCCUCUUAUUCUACAAGAGUUGAACACCGAGAAGGCGCGGCAGCCCGUCGGCAUCGUGUACGUGCCCUCGCACUUGUACCACAUGCUGUUCGAGCUCUUCAAGAACGCCAUGAGGGCGACCAUCGAGACCCACGAGAGCCGAGAGCUGCCGCCCGUCGAGGUCCUGGUGUCGCUCGGAGGAGAGGACAUGUCCAUUAAGGUGAGCGACAAGGGCGGCGGCGUCCCCUUCCGCCGGAUCGACAACCUCUUCAGCUACAUGUACUCCACCGCGCCGGCGCCGCAGAUGGAGCAACACGCCCGACCGCCGCUGGCCGGCUUCGGCUACGGGCUUCCCAUCUCGCGACUCUACGCCAAAUACUUCCAGGGCGACCUGCAGCUGUACUCCAUGGAAGGCCACGGCACCGACGCCGUCAUCUACUUGAAGGCGCUGUCGACCGACUCCGUCGAGCGGCUCCCCGUGUACAACAAGACGGCGCUGAGGAACUACAAAGUGAGCCAGGAGGCCGACGACUGGUGCAUCCCCAGCAGGGAACCGCUGGACCUGAGCAACUACAAGGUGGCCAAGUGAAGCUGCGAUACAUUUUUUUUUUCUAUUUUUUUUUUUUUGGGGGGGGGGGAUUACCCCACAAAAAAGCAAACAACUUCAACUGUUUUGUUUGCCCCCUCCUUGCGCAAACAUUCGAACAAACACCCGUCACGUGACGCAGUUGUGUGCAUCAAAUAUUAUUGUAUUAUUAUUUUUAGACUGUGCCUUGACACGUGCAGUCCAUUUCCCGAGUUUUAUGUGAAAUGUUAUUUUGAUAACAUCACGCUCGACGUUGAAAUGAUUGUAAAUACUGUAAAUAGCAUACAGAUGUUAAUUUUAAAAAAAAAUUAAAUGUGUAUAAAUGAUACGCUCGGCCUCUCUUUCUGAGCCAAAAGAAAAAGAUGCCGGCCAAUCAGUGAGCCAUAGGAAAAGAUGCCGGCCAAUCACAAGAGAGCAUACGACAACCAAUGGAGACAUCCGAAUGAUUGCGUGAACGGUGGCUGAAAAUGAUACGUGUCAAUUAUUAUGACGCCUGUCAAUUAAAAGUGAGCGUUAUGACAUUUGUAAAGGCAGCAAAAUGAAAUAUUUCAGGGCGUAUUUGGUGGGCCAACAAAUUUGUGAUGUCAUUUUUUUCCCAUUUAUUGUUCUAUAAUUAUCAUAACACUCAAAAACUUGGCGAAUAAUAAUGCAAUCACCUUGUUUAUCAUCGGGGUUCUGUUUCAGAACCCCCCCAUAAUUCAUUUUAAAUAUUCAUUUAGUGGAUGAACAUUUACUGUAUGCAUAGUACCAAUACAAAAUAUGCUUGAGGUGCAGUUAUUAUUUCUGUCCACUUGAGGGAGCCAUUUUUCACUUUCUACACUUGCGUGUCACUUACAUCGAAGAGGUGUACCGUAUUUUCCAGCCUACACGGUUUCAACCCUGCGGUUUAUGCCGUGAUGCGGCCCUAGCGUUAGCGUGCCGCUAGCGUUAGCGCACCUGGUUUUAAGCCUCGGUACAGAGUUUAACGCUAGUGGCGCGACGCCGCGCUAGGGUUAAACUCUGUGACAUCAGUCAGCAAAUGAGAGUGUAGAGUUGGCCGCGUCGGCUCGGGAUAAGUUGCUAACGGUUAGCCGGUUGAUGUUUUUUUUUUCGGCGCCGGUUGUGAAUUGUUUUUCUGACCAUUUUUUUUUUUCAAUAAAGCGAAAUUGCACCGGC